GUUCUUCCCUCGCGAUGAUUCUUCCGGUGAACAGUGUUCAUCCCGAUGGAAACUACAGUGAUGCUUUAGUUUUUCAUGAUGUGCGCAAGGCCACCACGGUACGUAGGAGUCGUUGCAGGUACAGGCAAAAAGAUGGAUAUGAAAUGCGGUAAGAAACCAACCACAACCAGGACCCCAUCCCCACCCGCUAAUAUGUACACCGUUUCGUUUUCCUGAAAUAAAUUCAAGAUAUUUUCAUUUUGUUUCGCAUUUUAACAGCAGCUAGAUUCACCAUACAUUUUCGCAAACAAUGACGUAACAUUCCGAAUCCCCCACACCUUCCCGCAUGUUUCCCGCGGUGAUGUGUGUGAGGCGUGAAAAUAAAGCCGAAGUAGAUGCUCUCAGACCAUGGAGGUGCGUCGCGUGAAAACAAGGAGAGUAGCAUGCAGCGGUAAAGCCCUAUACACUUGUUUCUCGCACAAUAACCCCAAAACUUCCCAUCUCUGCUGAUGGAGAUCGCGACGAUAAGCCAGUGCGUUCUCUGCGGGUCUUACCACCUUUUCGUCCUGGACACUGUCGAGGUCCACCCGACGCUGACUGGGCAGCUGAAGCGAACGCUUCACGAUGCCGAAAGCGAGGAAAUCGUCAAGCUCGUAAAGCGCCGGAUUCUGGACAGGAAAGCACAUGAUAAUGCGAGUAAAGCAAACGUCCAAGUACAACAGCGUCUCCCCGCCAACGGGUAUACCCUUACCUACUAUCCGUGUGCCACCUGUGUGGAGAUCAAAUACGAGGAAGCUUUUGCGGUCGUCGAGCAGAGAGAGGAAUUUUUGAAAAACCCCAUGCCUUUAACCCCGCAUAUCCCCGUUUUGUUCGAAAAUUGUGAUUUUUCCACAGGAGGAGACCGAGAAGUCGAUGAUAAAAAUGGCGAAAAUUAUAACAUCAAAAACCACUACUGCGCUCGAACCAUUCCUAUCACCCCCGCGUACCGAAAUAUCAACGGCAAGUGGACGCUUCGCGAGGGUAUCGGCCCGAAGGUUCUCGACACAUACAAAACCGGGUCGCCUUGGCGGUUACCGGCGGCGCAGUUCAAAGUAUUGCUCCCAGGGUUUGUUGCCAGCACGGCAGAAGGACACCAAAGCGCGGCAGGUGCUUGUCAGCAGCAGAAUAAGGGGAAGGAUAGUUGUAAAAAAUCCAAUACAAAUUCCAGUGGACGAGCUGCUGCGCCUGGAGCAUCGACGUCGAGCAGCGAUCGGCAGGAGUUUUUGCGCUUGCUCUGGAACGAGGAAGUGGAUGCAAGUAGUUUGUUGACCGUGCAACGUCUGAUCGAUGAUGACUGUAUUGUGGACGACGGCGAGAAAAUAUACGUGAAAAAACCGGUUUUUUGUGACCCGACAGUGCUUACCGAGUACGCGACCGGAUUAAGUGAGUUGAUGACGUGAAGAAGAAGAUUUUCAAAAUUCAAGAAUAAGUAUCGUUCGGACUAUUUUUGCAAUAAGUUGCAAGCUAGUAUCUUCGCAUACGCACGGCGCAAAAGCAUAGUGCAUAAACAUGCAGGCACUGUUUGCUGCAACCCGAGGGAAUAGAAGUGUUUUUUGUGGUGGCUUCUCCAUCUUGUGCCGGCGGUGUUCCUCUUCGUGUGAAGAAAAGAUAUGAAGAAGUACUCUUCAGUUCGGAUGCCUUCAAGAUCUUCGCGUUCGACGGCUUUUUGAAAGAUCUUCGCUGCCUUUUGAGAAAUGCAAGCCGUUAUCUGAUGUUGCUGUGCGGCGCGGCAUCUGCUCACGGCCACCCUUGGAGAGAGCCGCCGCGAGCCGUCCGCCAGCGUUUUCAGUGAUUAGAAAAGCCGGGGGCGCAGGGCUCCGGUCUUCGAAGGCGCGCUCGCGCCAUAGGGCCGCACCUGUCUGGCCACUAGAUGGCCCCGGGAAGAGGGUCGAGGGCGCGCCCUCAGGAGGCAGGCGCGGGUUCACACACGUAGCGCGCCCAUUUCCCGGGCCCCGAAGCCGCGCCGCGUUCGCAGGGGUGCGCCGUUGCAUUGCUGCGCGCCCGCAUAGGGCGCAAGGCGUCUCUCUGGUUCGCAGGCGUCGGGUAUAAACGCGAUAGCCACGCGCCUGGGUGAUGUGGUGGGGCGGUUGCGGGCUUUUU